GCGGCGACAGCAAGGCCUCAGGCGCGGGCUUCACCUCAGUCUGCUGAAGCCCCAAGGCCGGCACCAUGGACUUCCAGCAUCGGCCCGGGGGCAAGACCGGGAGCGGGGGCGUGGCCUCUUCCUCCGAGAGCAACCGUGACCGGCGGGAGCGCCUCCGGCAGCUGGCCCUGGAGACCAUCGACAUCAACAAGGACCCCUAUUUUAUGAAAAACCACCUGGGUUCGUACGAAUGCAAACUCUGCCUGACGCUGCACAACAAUGAGGGGAGCUACCUUGCACACACCCAAGGAAAGAAGCACCAGACCAACUUGGCCCGGCGAGCAGCCAAGGAGGCGAAGGAGGCCCCUGCCCAGCCCGCGCCCGAGAAGGUCAAGGUGGAGGUGAAGAAGUUUGUGAAGAUCGGCCGCCCGGGCUACAAAGUGACAAAGCAGAGGGACUCGGAGAUGGGCCAGCAGAGUCUCCUCUUCCAGAUUGACUACCCCGAGAUUGCCGAGGGCAUCAUGCCGCGCCACCGCUUCAUGUCUGCCUACGAGCAGAGGAUCGAGCCCCCCGACCGGCGCUGGCAGUACCUGCUGAUGGCUGCAGAGCCCUACGAGACCAUCGCCUUCAAGGUGCCCAGCAGAGAGAUUGACAAGGCUGAAGGCAAGUUUUGGACUCACUGGAACAGGGAAACCAAGCAGUUUUUCCUCCAGUUCCACUUUAAAAUGGAAAAGCCCCCGGCUCCGCCCAGCCUCCCCGCUGGGCCUCCCGGGGUGAAGCGGCCCCCACCCCCGCUGAUGAACGGGUUGCCCCCAAGACCGCCACUCCCCGAGUCCUUGCCGCCACCCCCGCCAGGAGGCCUGCCUCUGCCACCUAUGCCUCCCACAGGGCCUGCACCCUCAGGGCCCCCAGGACCUCCCCAGCUGCCCCCACCAGCCCCCGGGGUCCACCCCCCAGCACCAGUGGUCCACCCCCCCACCUCUGGGGUCCACCCCCCCGCCCCCGGGGUCCACCCACCAGCACCAGUGGUCCACCCACCAGCAUCUGGGGUCCAUCCCCCAGCUCCAGGGGUCCACCCACCAGCUCCAGGGGUUCACCCACCGGCCCCAGGGGUCCAUCCUCCAUCAGCUGGGGUUCACCCCCAGGCCCCUGGAGUGCAUCCCCCAGCUACUGCAGUUCACCCCCAGGCCCCGGGGGUGCAUCCACCAGCCCCAGGGAUCCACCCCCAGCCUCCUGGGGUCCACCCCUCAGCUCCUGGGGUGCAUCCUCCAGCUCCUGGGGUCCACCCCUCAGCUCCUGGGGUCCACCCCCAGCCCCCUGGAGUCCACCCCUCAAAUCCCGGGGUGCACCCAACUCCCAUGCCUCCUAUGCUGAGGCCCCCACUCCCCUCCGAAGGCCCAGGGAACAUACCUCCUCCUCCCCCAACCAACUGAAGAGCUGCCCGCUGACCCAGUGCCCCUGGUGUUCUGUGUCCCUGCGUUUUCCCGCUAGAGAAGUCCCGUCUUUUGUACUGUCCCGA